GAGCGGCACGAGACCCCUGAUUGCAGCAGCAGCCGCGGCCCAGCCGGACCAGCAGGACCAGCCGGACCAGCAGGACCAGCAGGACCGGUCGCCCGCCAGGAAACUUACUUUCCCGCAGGACCCUCCGCCCACCUCGGGGGGGGUCCCCCCGUGCCCCCCCCACCGCCUUCCCUCCAACUGCGGGGGGUCCGAUCAUCGCCUCCCCCCAAUCUUGGGGGUCCGAGCACCGUCUUCUCGCCGGCUGCGGGGGUCCGAGCAUUGUCUUCCACCCAGCUGCGGGGGUCCGAUCAUCGCCUCCCCCCAAUCUUGGGGGUCCGAUCAUCGCCUCCCCCCAACCUUGGGGGUCCGAGCACCGUCUCCCCGCAACCUUGAGGGCCUAAGCAUCGUCUCCUCCGACCUCGGGGGUCCGAACAUCGUCCCCCCAGUCUCGGGGGUCCGAGCAUCGUCUCCCCCCCAGUCUUGGGGGGCCUGAGCAUCAUCUUCGCCCCAACCUCGGGGGUCUGAGCACCGUCUCCCCCCAACCUCGGGGGUCCGAGGACCGUCCGGCGUCGCCCCCGGCAUCAUGUCCCUCUUGGGGUCCCCGGGCCCUCCGCCGCCGUCGCCGCCGCCUCCGCGCUGGCUUCCCACGCACGUGCAGGUGACGGUGCUGCGGGCCCGGGGUCUGCGGGGCAAGGGCACGGGGGGCAGCAGCACCAGCGACGCCUACGCCGUCAUCCAGCUGGGCCCGGACCGCUACCGCACCUCGGUGGUGGAGAAGACGGCCGGCUGUCCGGAGUGGCGGGAGGAAUGCACCUUCCAGCUGCCCCCGGCCGCCCUGCCCCGCCCCGACCCCGACCCCGGGGGCCCCCCGCCCCCCGACGGCUCCCCCCCGGACCCCCACCUGCUGCUCACCGCCAUGCACCGCUCCCUCAUCGGCCUCGACAAGUUCCUCGGCCGGGCCGUCGUGCCCCUCGACCCCCUGCUCCGGGCCGGCCGGGACCCCCACACGCAGUGGUACAAACUGCACUCGAAGGUCGGGAAGCGGGAGAAGGAGCGGGGUGAGAUCCAGGUGACCAUCCAGCUGACCCGCACCUCCCUGAGCGCCAGCAUGUUCGACCUGUCGGCCCCGGACAAGCCCCGCUCACCCUUCGGCAAGCUGAAGGACAAGGUGAAGGGCCACCGCAAGUUCGAGCUGGAGUCCGCCUCCGCCAUCAUCCCCGGGAGCGUCGGCCGGCUGGAGGACGCCGAGGGCCUGGAGCUGGACGGCAAGAAGGGCAAGGCCAAGGGCUUCUUCUUCCGCAACAAGCUGCGCAAGUCGUCGCUCACGCGGUCCAGCACGUCCCUGGGCUCGGACAGCACCAUCUCCUCGGCCAGCGGGAGCCUGGCCCCGGGUUUCGGCACCUUGGAACUCGAGGGCGCCGGCUCCCCCGGCAGGAACAACAGCCUUUCCGGCCGGGAGGCGGUGUCCUUGCCCAAGACCCUGACCCACAAGCGGGCGUUCAGCGACGAGGCGAGCCAGGUGACCGUCGCCCUGCCCCGGGCCGUCCACGACCUCAAGGCCAAGAACGACCCCGUCUCGCGGUCCUCUCUGUGCGUCAACGGGAGCCACGUGUAUAACGAGGAGCCGCGCCCCGCCGCCCACCGCCCCUUCCCGCUCUCCGGCUCCCUCCAGAACCUCGCCCCGCGCGGCGCCCAGGACGGCCCCGGCCCCCGGCCCGCUUCGGCCAAGGCGGAGGGGCCCCCGUGGGGUGGGGCGGGGGGCUUCGGGGCCGGGCCGGCGGACGCCGCGGCGUCACCCCGGCCGGCCGGCCCCGGGGGGCGCGCCCGGGAGGAGGAAGGCGGCGGCGGGGAGGGGGAGAGGCGGGCGGAGGGCAAGCCGGUGCAGAUCGCCACACCCCUGGUCUUCGGCGAGCGCGAGGAUGCGCGCAGAGAGGAGAAGAAGACCAGGCCGGGCCUGUUCCUCCAUCACCACCACGGGGGCGUCAGGAGCGAGCCGGGCCCCAGGGGCCCCGGGGACAAGCCGUCGCCCCAGAACCCCGCGGGCGCCGACGACCGGGGCAAGGGCGGCUGGUUCGGAUCCCGGGACGCCAAGGAGCCGGGCCAGAAACCCAGCCCUCACCCCGUGAAGCCCAUCAGCGCGACCCCCUCGGACGGCGGCGGCGAGAAGAAGCAGCACCGCUCCAGUCUGACCACCGCCCUGAGCAGCGGCCUGGAGAGGCUCAAGACCGUGACCAGCGGAGGCGUCCAGCCCGUGGCCCCCGCCCCCCAGCAGGACAAGGAGUCCAAGAAGCUGAAGGACCCUUCCCCGUCGCUGGACGGGUCGGCCCGUUACUACCACCUGACGCACGACGAGCUGAUCAAGCUGCUGCUGCAGCGGGAGAGAGAGCUGAGCCAGCGCGACGAGCACGUGCGGGAGCUGGAGAGUUAUAUCGACCGGCUGCUGGUACGCAUCAUGGAGCAGUCGCCCUCCCUGCUGCAGAUCACCCUGGACCAGCCCGGGGCCUUCCCGUGACCCCCUCCGCCCCCGCCGUGACCCCCGGGCCCCGCCUGCUAGAGCCACACGUCGACAUCGGCCUGCCGCCCGCCCGCCGCCAUAGCUCCCGGCCUCCCUUCCCCGUCCCCGAGGGGGUCGGGCCGGGGCAGACCUCGCCCCCCUUCCCAGCGCCGCCCGCUCCCCGCCGUAGUCCUGCCCCGGGAUUUCGGGCCUAGUCCGGAGGUGACCCCGUCUCCUGACCUCCUCCCUCCUUCCCCGGCCCCGCCGCUUAGAACCCCACCGCGGCACCGCUCCAGACGUUCCCGCGGGGAGCGGCUACGGCCCUCGAAUCCGUCGGGGUCCUCCGCUGAGCCCCUUGCCGCUGGAGGAGGGGAGGACCAGGGGCUCCGUCCGUCCCCUCGCCCCUCCCGCCCCGGGGUCCGAGCUGCCAGAGUCCCCGCGGACUCCCCGGGGAGGGUCCUCGGUCCGUCCCCGACCUGCACCGACGCCAUCCGUAGGUGCGCUCGGGAUCAGGGUUCACCAGGUCUUCCUCCUCCUCCCCCUGCCUGAGGAACCGCAGCCGGAGUCGGGGGUGACCGCGGCCGGUUGGGGUUUUUAUUGCUCUGGAUUCCCGUCUUCCUGUUUGGUUGCCAAAACCAGACCGUGUUUGAAUUUAAGGAAAAUGUGCCUUUGCGUGGGAGUGGACGGGGCUGGGGGUUGGGGAGAAAAGAGGGGCACGGAACCCCGCCGAGGGCCCUGGCUGGGGGCAAGAGCUGUGUGCCCCCCGGGACCGGGCAGAGGGGAUCUCCCCCCACCCCACCCGGGUUUUCCUGUCAAAGCUGUGGCCGUGGGGGUCUGUGGUUUGGGGGAACCACAGCCCCGCCCCCAUCAACGUUCAUGAGGGAGGGAGGAAGGAGCGAAGGCAGGGAGGGCCACGCUAGUCUGAGCGGCUGGGGUCAGAGCGAGAGCUGAGUCCCAAAGAGUCCUGCCCAGCCACCACAAUCCCCUGCUUCCGGCGGAAGGGGAGGAGACAGCCAGCAUCGUGCCCGACCUCGACCGCCCCCCCCCCGACCCCAGCCCCCGCCAGGAUUAGGGAUGGGGCCGGCCACGCUCCUCGCUCCUGGGUCGUUGCACUUCGGCCUAGCUCUGUUUCCCGCCGCCACGUUGGCUCAGCCGCCUCGCACUUUAAAUCCCCCUUUUCCCCCAUCUGUCCGCCCUGGGCGUAUUCGCCUUUCCGUCCUGUGCCACCCCCCGGACGCCCAGCUCAGCCCCCGCCCCUGGCUCCAUCCAAGUCCCCUUGGCUUUACCCUCCCCAGGUCCGACGUGGGGCUUGGAAGGGCCGGGGCGGGGGGCCGGGACCGGCAGAGUUCCACUGUGAUUUCUCUCCUCCACACCCGCUCAAACCCCCAGGAUGGGGUGGAGUGAGGGCAGGACCGAGGGAGCACAGACUUCAGGGAAACGCUGAGCUGGGACUUGACCGGACCUGCUGCCUCCUCUCCCUCCCACCCGUACCCCUACAGCCCGGCGUAGCUCCUGGACAGCCCCGGUGCCGCCUUUCGUGGCUGGCUCAGAGGAGAUGGUGCCCAAGGGCCUCCGGGACCUCAGAAGGGCGUCUGCUUAGGCGUGGGGAGGGGGUGGGUCCGCUCUGCCCCGGCAGCUCCCUCCCCCAGCGCUGCUUAUCCUCAAAGGGGUUUAGACAAGGUCAAGACUAGGCUCGCAGAGGGGCCCCAAAGACGAUGUGUCCAGCGUGGCCACCUCGCUGUGAUGGCGGGGCGGAAGGCUCAGAUCCCACAGGAACUGUCUGUUCUCCCGACCUCUGACCUCCGGUGGCCAGGGGAGGUGGAUUUCUUGCUUAGUGUUUGUCUUCCUAGUUGCCAGCCUGGUUUGUAAAGAGCUUUGUUCUUCCCGUUUUGAGCACUUUAAGGAAAAUAAAAGUUAGUUCAUGUACA